AUGGAUGUAUCAGAAUGCUUUAUUGUUAAUAAAGUACCAAAUACAUCUGUUAAAGUGAGAUUAUCAUUCCAGGAUAUCGAUAAAGAAAUUUUCAGUCAAUACUGUAGCAGUGACACAAAGAAGUCCUAUUUAUUGACCCAGCAACUUAAGCGAUGCAUGGCUGUUGGUAUGGCUAAGGAUAUAGGGGUAAAUAUAGAGAGGUUACGUUUUAAAUUUAAUGGCUGGAAAGAAAAACCUUCAGAGCUUAAUACACUGUGUAUUUCUAUGGAAGUUAAUCAUUCUGGUGAAUUUAAUUUAAAAAAAGAGUUAACGAGUAUGACACUUCAGGGUAUUUUAAAUGGAUCCAAGUUUAAAUUGGUAAUGAAGUUCCUUGGUAAAAAUGCAUCAGUGGACGUGGAUGUUACCCCUGCUGCUGCAAUCCGAAUGCUGCAGAUGGAAGUGGCUGUUAGAUAUUUUGAUGAUGAAAUUAAAAAACUUUUAACUAGAAAAUCAAGUAUUCUAGAACGUGAUAUAAAAAAGAGCAUUGCUAUUGCUGGUGAACAGAAAGGUAUUUAUUGCCCUGUUCUUACUAUUAUCUCCAACCUAUAUGAUAAAAAUACAUUUAGCUAUCAACUUUAUUAUUAUCAUACAGCCCCAGGCCCAGCGCCAGAAUUAGAUUUUUACGAUAAUUCGCACAAAUCUUUGACUGGUGCCCAGAGUGCAAGCCUAACACAGAUGUUAGCUGCGACAGGAAAGCUUCCUAAAGUGAUUAAAAAAAUUCAUUAUGUUAACCGUGAUGGAAAGUGUCAUUAUUGUGGAAAAUAUUUCAGCACUAGCAGUUCAGUUCUGGCAGAUAAGACCACUUACUGUCAAUAAAAGAAUUUUGGGCAAUAUUUGUAAAUUGGUAUGUGCAUUAUGUUCAAACAAAUGAUGGUGUUGGACGACGAAACAAGUGCAUCUUUAUGUAUUUUUGUAUUAUUUUUUGAAAAUUAUUUCUCAAUGGUGUAAUUUGACUUUAGUUUGCUUUUGAAGUGCAUUUAGUAAGUAAUUUUAUAUAUAUUUUUAAUUUAUUUUAAAGAUUUAAAGAUUUUUACAAAAAAUUUUUCUUUUUGGAAUUUUUAUACGACAAUUUAAGCUAGAGCGUUUCGGAAUUUUUUGAGUUAUUCAACACGUUUUACCUGAAUUGAAAGAUUUUGUUUUAAGGAUAGGGCUUUUAAAUGUUCUUUUUGCGAAAGAAUAAGGCAAUAUUUAUGUAAUCGCCAUGAAGAUAGUGUUUUUUUCAAAAAAGUGAACCAUGAGUUAUAAUUAGUGGCUCACACUUGCACUCAUUUUAUAGUAAUGCCAUUUAUCUUUUCUGAAAUUCAGCAUUUAACAGACUAUGACACAAUGUAAUGUAACAAGUUAAUUUGACAUGUAAACCGUUUCCCAUCCACUUUUAAAAUUCUAUCCAGUGGUGCAAGUAGUUUUUGCUUUUCACAUCUUUUGGUCUGUAAACUGCUACAAGACAAUUGUAAAAUGCAUGUUAGUAUUUAUCUUCAUACUCCCUAAUAAGUUUUCUACAUUUUAAAAUGGAAUUUGCCUUGUCACCCAAAUGAGCCGCAUUUCCAAAAAAUUGACCCUGUUAUAAAAUAUUGCGUAUUAGGUAUAAAAUAGAGCAAAAUAAAAAAUUGAUCGUCAAAAAGCCCCGUGUCCAUUAAAUUUAGACAUGGUUUGUGGAUAUCGUAAAUUAGCCUAAAAUAUAUGGUGUUGCUUUUUUCUUGCAAUAUAUUGCACAGACUCUUGACAAAUGUAUAACAGGAUAUUUCUUAUGUUAUUUGUAUAGAACUUUUUUAAAAAGGCUGUUAAUUGUCUCAGAUUUCAGGUGGUUUGUUAUUUUAUUUAUAAAGUAUUUAAACUUUUUAAGUGGUUUAACAUUUCUUUGUGCAAUUAUGUAAUGUUUUUACUUGCGUGCAUGGUACUGCUUGUAUCACUUUUAAAACUAUGGAUGUAUUUGUUAAA